GCCAAUUAACCAUAGAAGGCCCCACCAUAGAAUCGUCAAACUCCCUUCUAAAGCCCAUGAAAUAAAGUGGGGAGUUUUUUUCGCGGCGGCGGCCACCUUCAUCCUCCGAGCAAAGUGAGGAGAAUAGGAAAUGGCACUGCUCACUUCACUCUCCCUCACCCGUACCGCAACUCCUACCUCUCUAUCAACUUCAACGCGUAUUUUUUAUGAUCACGUCAAUCUCCGCUCAUCGUCGUCUUCUUUUUCCGGCAGCCGCCAACUCCCCCUCUCCGGUAUGCCAUUCUUUGGCCACUUCCAAAAGCAAUUUGUGGUUUAUGCGAAAAGAUUAUCUGGAUUAGAAGAGGCCCUAAGAAUGAAAAGGGAGCGCGAACUGAAAGGCUCUAACAGCACUCAGAGAAGGGUUCCUUUGAAGCGAGGACGGGUAUCACCAGAGCUUCUUGUUCCUGAUCACAUAGUGAAGCCUCCUUACGUGGGCUCAAGAGAGUUGCCAGAAAUCGCGAAUGAACAUCAAAUUCAUGAUGCUGAAGGAAUUUCUCGUAUGAGAGCUGCAGGUGAGCUUGCUGCCCGGGUGCUAGAGUAUGCAGGAACAUUGGUUAGGCCAUCAGUAACAACAAAUGAAAUCGAUCAAGCUGUUCACCAAAUGAUUAUUGACGCUGGUGCUUACCCCUCUCCUCUGGGCUAUGGGGGUUUUCCUAAAAGCGUGUGUACUUCAGUAAAUGAGUGUAUGUGUCAUGGAAUACCAGACUCCCGGCAGCUACAGGAUGGUGACAUAAUAAACAUUGACGUAACAGUUUACUUGAAUGGCUAUCAUGGAGACACGUCAAAAACCUUCCUUUGUGGCAAUGUCAGUGAGCCCGUGAAACGGCUUGUUAAGGUGACAGAGGAGUGCUUGCAUAGAGGGAUUGCUGUUUGCCGAGAUGGUGCUCUGUUUAGGAAAAUUGGGAAGAGAAUCAGUGAACAUGCAGAAAGGUUCGGUUAUAGCGUGGUGGAUCGUUUUGUUGGACAUGGUGUCGGGACCGUGUUUCAUUCCGAACCACUCAUAUUUCAUCAUCGUAAUGACCAGUCUGGUUCGAUGGUCGAGGGGGAAACAUUUACCAUUGAACCCAUUUUGACAUCAGGAAGCAGGGAGUGUGUGACCUGGGAAGAUAACUGGACAACUCUUACAGCAGAUGGAAGCCCCGCGGCACAAUUCGAGCACACCAUUCUGAUUACGAAGACGGGCGCUGAAAUUUUAACUAAAUGUUAAUUAACUUCCAAUUAGUGAAAAGUCUUGUUUUUUGCUGAUCAGUUGUUUAAUAACCAUGUAUGCAUCUUUUGACCAGGCUACAAGACUACUCCAAAUGUAAAUGAUGAAAUGAUCCAUGGUUGUUCAAGACAGUUUUCAUUUUGAAGUGUGAAUUAUAGUCUUAUACUAGUAAUAAUAACAAUUGAAGACAUGUUUUUUCUCUUUCUUGUUCCAAAUAAUAAAAUAAGAAACAAUAUUCAUUUCUAAAAUCUAAAAAUUUAUAACGAGACAAAUACAACAACAUUCGAGCCUUGAUCCAAAAAGAUAUUGGGGUCGGUGAAUAUGAAUCGAUCAAUGAUAUCAGAGCCAAAAAAGAAGAAAUGAGAAUAAAAAAAAGUAAGACAAAUUGGAUAAGAUAAAGAUAAAUACGAUAGCAUAAGAUAACAGUAACGUAAGAAAGAUAAAAGAUAAAAAGAUAAAAAAGCAUAAGAAAAAUAGAAGAUAAAAAUAACGUAAGAAUAUACUACCUCCGUCCCAUAAAACUUGGUCAAAUUUCUUUUUUUGGCCGUCUCAAAAAAGUGAAAAACUUUGCCAUUUCCAUUUAAAGUAGCAAAUAUGUGGCUAACGUUAUUUCUCUCCUCUGCAGAAAUAUCAACCACAAUUUUACAUUAUUAAUUUACGUGCAAGUCAACAUUGACCAAGUUUUAUGGGACGGAGGGAGUAGAACGAUAAAGAAGAUAAACGAUAAAAGAAAAAGGGGAGAGAAAAGAUAGAGAA